AUGGACUCGGAGACGAUGGGGAGACUCUCGAUGGGUGGAGGUGGAGGUGGAGGGGUGGGAAAGCGGACAGUCGUGGAUGGGAAGGAAGGGGGCGGGAUCGCGGAUGGAGGUGUGGAUGGUGUGGUGGACGGACGGGAGCGAGGGUACGUACCUCCGGUGGUGGAAGGAAGGAGCUGCUGCAGCAGGGACUGGACGAUGCAGCAAGGACACUGCAGUGAAGCUGCAGGCAUGUGCGGCAAGGACCCAGUCCGAGCAGGAGCUAGUGGCCGCCCGGUACAUGAUGUAGCGGCGCCGCCGUCGAUGGAGAGCGUUGUACCGUCGCUGCUCCGGGCCUCGCAGCUUUACCCUCAACUCGAUCCAUAUCUUGCGAGCACUAUCUGGCCGGAUGGGGGUCCUUGGUCCAAGCAGCCGGACCUGAGGAAUGCACGUCCGCCUGGGGCUGAUACCGAACAUAUCGCCCGGGUGCCCCUUGGACAUGGGUGUGGGCAGCAGUGCACACAGCAAGCAGUGGUGGUGCCCAGUGGUGGUGCACAGCAGUGGUCGAGGUAGGUUAGCGACCUGGCAUGGAGCCGGACAUAUCCAAUCCCCUCCCCUCACCUCACCCUGUCCUCGUCUUCGGGGUGUUUUCCAUACCUUGUGCUCCGGCGUCCGACGAUUCACUCGCUGCCAUUCAUCCCGCUCCAAUCGCCCAUGAAACCAC